AAAUGACAAAUCUUGGUGUUGUUGCAGUGGCCCUUCUGGUUAGUAGUUUAUGUCUUGUUGUAAAUGUUAAAGCAUUCCGAGCUUCUGGAUGGACAAAAGCUCACGCUACUUUUUAUGGAGGUAGCGACGCUUCAGGAACAAUGGGCGGUGCAUGUGGAUAUGGGAAUUUGUACUCAGCUGGAUACGGAACCAACACUGCUGCUCUAAGUACUGCACUUUUCAAUGAUGGAGCAUCAUGUGGGCAAUGUUACAGGAUUAUAUGUGAUUAUCAAGCAGACCCAAAAUGGUGCCGAAAGGGAACAUCUGUAACCAUCACCGCAACAAAUUUUUGCCCCCCAAACUUUGAUGAGCCUAGCAAUGCUGGAGGUUGGUGCAACCCUCCACUCCAGCAUUUUGAUAUGGCUCAACCAGCUUGGGAAAAGAUUGGUAUCUACAGAGGUGGAAUUGUUCCUGUUAUGUUUCAAAGAGUUCCCUGCGUGAAAAGUGGCGGAGUUCGAUUCACAAUUAAUGGGAGGAACUACUUUGAGCUUGUCCUGAUAAGCAAUGUUGGAGGAGCCGGAUCAAUUCAAUCUGUGCAAGUCAAGGGCACACGAACGAACUGGAUGGCAAUGUCAAGAAACUGGGGAGCAAACUGGCAGUCGAAUGGAUAUCUUAACGGCCAAUCCUUAUCUUUCAAGGUCACUACUACAGAUGGAGUCACUCGAAUUUUUAACAAUGUUGUUGCAUCUGGCUGGUCAUUUGGGCAGACAUUCUCAAGUUCUGUAAGAUUCUAAGCCAGGAAAUUGGAUAAAGGAUCAUGUGCUUGGGAUUUUGUAGGCAGCGGCGUGCUCAGUAUAUUACUUAAGCAGCCCUCCGGAGUCAUUGUUCUGUUUUACAUUAUCAAAAGCAAACCUGAUAUUGAUUCUUGUAUGCGUUUCGGAAGGACUACAAUGACCUACUUCAUAAUCUACCAGCACUGUAACCAUUGCCUUUGUAUACCUUUCAUCUAUGAACACUCUUCAGUAACCUUUUGGUACCUUUCUUCUACAUACACUCUUCAAUAAGAUUAUAUAUAAUAAUAAUUUUCUUAUCUUUUCGCUGUAACUUUUAUAUGAAUCUCAUGAGUUAUAUUUUAUUAAGAGAAUAAAACCAGAUCUCUGAUUGCUUUUUGGUUUUGUU